UACCAAUAUGGCGGCUGGUGGCUUCACAGGGACUCGUUCUAACAGCGAGCUAUUAGCAGUCCAGUGUAUAAUACAGAUCAGUGGUUCUGAGGCCGCGACACGUUUUGACGGGAAUUAUCAGGCAGGGAGUCCGCAGCAAAACACCGACCAAAGCGCGGAUGAUUCCGGCAGUGAUUGCGAAGAAGAACGGGUUAACGACAGAGGCAGCGGAGAGCCGGUGGGUUUAUUCUCACACAGCCAACAAGAAAAGACCUGGUAGCGACGAAGCUUUCUCGAUUAGCCAGACAAUGUUUCAUGUUAAACUUGCAGCGUGUCAGUGGCUGUAAAGCGUAUAACGCUGCAUAACAGGCACCCUGCAUGCUGUAACGCUGCGCCUUGGAGGCGUGGGAUCAGCUGGCAUGGAAGAGGCCGACCAGGAUCCAUGUGGAAGCCAUACCAGCCGCUCUUCAAGAUCUUCUAAACCACAAUCCCCAGAAGGAGAAGGAUCUCACUGGCCAGCAUUUCUGCAACCAGGAAAGGGACCUCUUGUUGGACCAAGAAGAACCAGAACAUUAGCAGGUGAAAGAGAACAAUGAAGAUUUAGAACCUCAGCUUUUCAUUGAAAAUAAGGACAAAAAAGAACCUCACCAGAUGACACACCAUCACAGAGAACCAAAACCUCUUCCUAUGAGAGAACCUUGUCAAAUAAAGGAAGAACUUCCACAGAUAAAGUAUGUACAGAAGGAACUCUGCAUCAGCCUAGAGAAAGAGCAGCUUGAACUGCAGCAGGUGACUGAUACCUCAACUGUAUGUCCUCCUUAUUUAGAAAGAGAGCACCAAAAACCAAAACCACUGCCUAUGAAAGAGGAUCAGGGGGAACCACAACCUCACCAAAUAAAGGAAGAACCUCCACCGAUAAAAGGAGGGCAAGAAAAAUUCUGCAUCAGUCUAGAGGAAGAGCAGCUUGAACGACAGCAAGAGACUAAUACAUCUGUAUAUCUUUCUUAUGAAGAAAGAGAACUAGAACCAAAUACAAACCAACUCCCCAUCUGUAAUUCAUCUAAAAACCAGGAAAGGAGUGAUCACGAAGACUCAGCAUCAAGUGAAAAUGAACUGAAACAUAAUAGGAGGUCUCAGAAAACAAAUGGUAACAGUGGCCAGGUCGACAUUCCAAAAGUUAAAAGACUAAAACAAACAACCAUUAAUGAAAAAACAUGUCCUUGUAAACUGUGUGGUAAUAUUCUAGUUAAAAAGUUUUUAAAAACACACAUGAGAACACACACAGGUGAGAAGCCCUUCCCUUGUUUGACUUGUGGAAAAAGUUUCAGUAUAAAACAAACUCUAUUUAAGCACAUAAGAACUCACACAGGUGAAAAACCCUUCUCAUGUUUGACUUGUGGAAAAAGUUUCAGUCUUAAAAAAAAUCUUUCUGACCACAGGAGAAUUCAUACAGGUGAGAAGCCCUUCUCAUGUUUGACUUGUGGAAAAGGUUUCAGUGUAAAACAAACUCUAUUCCGGCACAUAAGAACACACACAGGUGAGAAGCCCUUCUCAUGUUUGACUUGUGGAAAAGGUUUCAGUCUAAGACCAGCUUUAUCUAAGCACAUAAGAACUCACACAGGUGAGAAGCCAUUUCCAUGUUCCGCUUGUGGAAAAAGUUUCAGUCUACAACAAUCUCUAUCUCAGCACAAAAAAAUUCACACAGGUGAGAAGGCCUUUCCAUGUUUGACUUGUGGAAAACGUUUCUGUAUAAAACAAAAUCUGUCCCGGCACAUGAGAACUCACACAGGCGAGAAGCCCUUCCCAUGUUUGUCCUGUGGAAAAAGUUUCAGUCUAAAACAAAAUCUAUCUCAGCACAUACGAACUCACACAGGUGAAAAGCCCUUCCCAUGUUUGACUUGUGGAAAAAGUUUCAGUUUAAAACAAAGUAUGUCAAUGCACUUAAGAACUCACACAGGUGAGAAGCCCUUCUCAUGUUUGAACUGUGGAAAAAGUUUUAGCUGUAGAGGCUCUUUAACUCAGCACAUAAGAACUCACACAGAUGAGAAACCCUUCUCAUGUAUGACUUGUGGGAAAAGUUUCAUUCUAAAAAAAGCUCUAAUUCAGCACAUAAAAACUCACACAGGUGAGAAGCCUUUCACAUGUACGGUCUGUGGAAAAAGCUUCUGUGCCAAACAAACUCUAUCUGACCACAUCAGAACUCACACAGGAGAGAAGCCCUUCUCAUGUAUGACCUGUGGAAAAAGUUUCAGCAGAAAAUGUGCUUUAUGUCAGCACAUAAGAACUCACACAGGUGAGAAGCCUUUCCCGUGUUUGACUUGUGGAAAAAGUUUCAGUCAAAAAAAAAAUCUCUCCCAGCACAUGAGAACUCACACAGGCGAGAAACCCUUCUCAUGUUUGACUUGUGGAAAAAGUUUCAGUCAAAAAAGAAAUCUAACUCAACACAUAAGAACUCACACUGGUGAGAAGCCCUUCUCAUGUUUGACUUGUGGAAAAAGUUUCAUUCUAAAACAAGCUCUAUCUCGGCACAUAACAACUCACACGUGAGAAACCUUUCACUUGUUCGGUCUGUGAAAAAGGUUUAUGUGAAAAACAAACUCUAUCUGCCCACAUGAGAUCUCAUACAGGUGACAAGCCCUUCUUAUG